UGGAGCAGCCCCGUGUACCACAUCAACCUCAACCUUCUCAGACCCACUCCGCCGCCGCGUUCUGACCCCUGCACCUCUCCGGCUCACUCCGCCGGUCUCUUCCGCCGCCCACCUCUACUACCGCCUGCUUCCCAUCCGCGCCACCGCAUCCUUCCCCGCUUCGCCGCCCCGCGGCCACGUCCCGUCCAUUGCCGCCUAUUCCCCACUCCGCCGCCCCUCCUGCCCCACUGGCCACUGCCCCGCCGCCUUGUCGCACAGCCGCGUGGAACGCUGGCAGCUCCUCACCUACACAACCUCCGACUCAGCGCUAUUCUUGUUUCUUGUUGUCAAAUAAUAACCCGGCGUCCCUGAUGCAGUGCUGAUCAGAUCAGCCAUGAAGAACAAGAACGGUCGCCGCAGACGCAGUAAACCAGCUAGCAACGAAACCGCCGCUGCCACUCCGAGCACCGUAGACUGGCUCAGCAAGCUGCCCGAUGACCUUCUGCUCAAUAUUCUGGAGAGGGUCGACACGCUCGACGCAAUAAGGACCUGCAUCCUCUCCAAGCGGCUGCUGAAGCUCCCCACCAUGCUCUCACACCUGUUCAUAAGCGUCAGUUCCAUCUCGUGUCACCACAACCCAGCCCUUGAAUUCGGCAUCCGCGACGUGCUCCGGAUCAGCCACGCCGUGGCUAGUGUAACGGAUAACAUCUUGAGCAGGAGGACCCCAGCAAUCACCGUCAGUAAACUCAUAAUCAGAUUUGUCUUGACGGAUCAUGACUCUGUCUGCAUUGCCAAGUCUGUUGCCCGUGCCAUGGCAACCCAGAAAGUUGAAAAGGCUGAGUUUCAGAUAGUAACCGAGAAGGCUUAUGCCGAUUGCCAUCCUGACGAUCUCCUCCACUUUGCGAGCCACUUCAAUGCUUUUCUUGGCGCUUGUCCGGACGCAUUUGCUGGCCUCACCCGCCUUUGGCUGCGCAAUCUGAGGUUUGGUGAACUGGACAUCCCCAACAUCCUCAGCACUUGCAAGCGCUUGGAGUCCUUGUGUUUAACAAACUGCGACUCAGGGAUCUAUUCAGUGGUGCAGAUAGAACAUGAUCAGCUUGUUGAGCUCGUGGUUCACUCUGGGAAAUUUGAGAGGAUUGAGCUGACAUUUGUGCCAAAACUCCAGCGGGUGAGCUAUUAUAAUUGGUUCUCUUGUGAGGAUCCUCUGUCUUUCGGCUUUGUGCCGCGGCUUUCAAAGCUAAGCCUCGCGAAAGAUGGGACUCGUUUGCGCAAGAAGACUCUCGAGCUAAGCCAGCUCCUCACCAAUGUUCCUUCUAUUACUGCUCUGCAUCUGGAUUUCCAAAGUGAAAAGGUUUGGGUUCUACCAGAAUGCCCGAAACUGCUCACUCCUGUCCUCAGAAAACUACAGCAAGUGAAUCUGGUAAAUCUUCCUGAAGGCUGUGAUUUUGCUUGGACAAUGUUUAUUCUUGAAGCUGCACCUUCCUUAGAAGAGCUGUGCAUCACAGUAUGGGAUCAUUCCUGCGACAUGGUGACAGACAAACACUGCGAAAAUGCAGAAGUGGAGUGGAAGCCCUAUGCCCCUGAUUUCAAGCACAAGAAUCUAGCUAAGCUCGCGAUCUAUGGCUUCCAACCCGACAACAACUUCAUGCGAUACAUCAGGCGUGUCAAGGAAGUCGCGGUUAACAUGGUAGAGAUAUCUCUGCACGACGGGAAGGUGUGUGAGCUUUGCGGUGGCUUGGAUCGCAAGAUCAAUGCUUGUCCUUCAAGGUACCCACAGACCGCUGAGGAGAGGAAGCGGACAACCGAGGAGCUGGGUUUGGCUUCGCCAUCUGUGGUUCACUUCCGGCUCUAAUUGAAGAAGAGAACAUGUAGUCUGGAGAGCAUGUGUCCUGUCAUCUUUUUAGUUUCGGGGAGUUCAUCAACUUCAUAUCUCAGUAAAGCAUAUAUGUCCAGUAAUCUUUUUAGUUUCAAGGGGAGGUCAGAACUCCAUAAGUCAGUAACUAUUGUGUCUGUACUCUAGGUUUCCCUUUUGUUGAACUUGUUCUAUUGCCUACUAGAUAAAAUAAUUAUCUGAAUAUUCUGAUA